AUGUCGGACGCAGACCCAUAUGUCCUUACAAAACUUUCAGAACACAUAUCACGGCAUCUCAACAAAUCCCUUGAUCAAGCCGUGGACAAUUUGUCAUUGAGGCUUCAGGAUACGGCGAAGGAUGCUAUCGCCGAUACUCGAGAAAUCAAUUCUAUUAUCGAGCAGGCAAUUAGGGAAGCCGUCGAAAAGGCCAUCGAGAAGUCUGUGGUAACGGAAGUUGAGCCUGCUUCCAUAGAAUCAGAGUUCAAAUUCCCACCUCCUCGGAAUCCCAAUUUUGUGGGUCGCUCUUCAACCCUAGCUAAACUACUGAGUCUGUGGAAACCAAAUCGAAAGAGUCGAUUAGCCAUUAUAGGGCUUGGAGGGGUAGGGAAAACUGAGCUUAUCACUGAGCUUGUCUACCAAAUUAGAGAAGCCUCGCCAGCAUCGAUAUACUGGUUUGGCCCAGAUAAUUUGCUUACCCCUUCGGCUGACGGAAAUGAGCCACUGGAAGAUUGCUGGCGGCCCUGGGCCGAGACUCCCGGAAGCCUGUUUGGUCGUUGA